AUGGUUUUUAGUACCCCCAGUAUCCUGUCACUUGUGGGUGUCGCCUUCUGGCUAUGGAUUAAGAAUAGGCGUCCCGAUGCUACUACCCUCCCGGCCCUCCAAGUUGGCCUUUUGUUGGUAAUCUACUCAGACUUCCGGGACAGCGCCUGUGGCACCGUCUCACCGAAUGGAAGGAGAGAUACGUGGUCCUCAGGGCAGAUGGUUUACCUCCAUGGGCUAGACGGCACUACCAUCCUUUUCCUGAACAACGUGAAGUUAGUUUUGAAACCUUAUGCCCUUAUGCAUGCACGAUCACGGCUGGAAGCUUCAGCGCAAGUUAGCGCGGAGUGGUAUGAGUCUUGA